UUUUCUAUGUAAAUAAAAAAAAAUCAAAACACUAUAAAAAAACAAAUUAAUUUGCAUUUGUUAUUUCGGAUCAUCACCACUUGUUGUUUAAUUAAUUAUUUAUUUAUUUACAACAACGCCCAAAAAAACGUGGUGAGAGCGUCGAGACUCGCGAUCAAGAAAGUCGCCUAAGAACCCGAGGAGUUAGAAAGGAGGGCGAAUCCUGACCGUCGAAUGAUCGCAACCAACCGCUGUGAUCUAUUUACAAUUACGCUUUCUGUUAUUUUAUUAUAAUAACUAAUUGAUUACGUGAGGAAGAGCAGAAGAGGCAAUGGAGACCUUUCAAGAGGGUGGAGGAAUGGAGUAGGAAGCAUUCAUCAUGGAGAGAGAAAGAAUGGUAAGAGAUAGAGAGAGAAAGGAUGGUAAGAGAUAGAGAGAGAAACAGGUUAGAGAUAGAGAAAGAGGGACAUUUUGACGCUGCUGUGGCUGUCGUGGCGAGCAUAGGAUAUGAGCACGGAGGACGACAUGCUCUGAAUCACCUGUGUCGUUUUGCUCCCCUUAACCGCGUUUCAUAAAGUUUUUCUCCCUCGUUCUUCGGCUUCUCUCUCUCUCUCUCCUUUUACCCUGUUCUCUCGCCAUUCUUUGCGCGCGUGCUCUGUUCUGAUAGGAAAAAAAAGUAAAGGGGGGAGGGGAGCAGAGGAGCCGGCCUUAAGAGUGGAAGCUUGACUGUUGGGGAGAGGUGUUUGGAGGUAAGAAGCAAGGGAGGAUGAGGAGAAGGGGGAAAAGAUAGAGGGAAAGCGACGGAGAGGGGAAUACAAGAAGGAAAGAGAAGUGAGGUGGAGAAGGAAAGGAAAGGUUGUUGCAACGUAUUCCAAGUUGAGAUUUUGAAGCCGCUUUGCAACGAAAUAUGUUAAAAUUAGGCGAACAAAGUUGUUAAUUUCGCCUUUCUUUGUUCUUCUCUUUUUGUUUGGGAUAGGCGAGGAUGGCAGCGGCGGAGGAGAUGUUGGUGUCGAACAAGGACGGAGAAGAGGAACCCAGCAUUGACACCGACAAACUUAGCUACGAGAUAUUCUCCAUUCUCGAGAGCAAGUUUCUAUUUGGGUACGACGAUGGGCACCGGCUUUGUGUUCCGAAAUCGCCGCCGGCGGCCUCUGUCGUUUCCGAUGGCAAUGGAGCGAUCAAGACCCAGAGAGGAAAGGUUUGCAUCCUCAGCAUAGACGGCGGCGGUGGGGUGGGAAUGCGCGGCAUUAUCCCUGGGAAAGUUCUAUCAUACCUUGAGAAAGCUCUUCAAUCAAAAUCCGGCGACUCGGAUGCCAGGAUCUCCGACUACUUCGAUCUCGCUGCCGGUACUGGAGUUGGGGGUUUCUUCACCGCUAUGCUAUUCGCUACUCGCGACAGCUCUCGCCCAUCCUUCCGCGCCGAGGAUACCUGGCGCUUCCUUGCGGAUAAAGGCAGGCGCUUUUACCGCAAGCCUUCGUCUUCUUCCUCCGUUGCAUCCUCUACUCCGGCGCUCUUCCGUUGCGUCUUCCAGGGCGGUCGUGGCAGAGGAAUGGCCGAAAUGACGAGAGCAAUGGAGAUGGCUAUGAAGGAUACGUUUGGCGAGUCGCUUACUCUCCGCGACACGGUGAAGCCAGUGCUCAUCCCCUGCUACGAUCUCCAGAGCUCGGCACCCCUCGUAUUCUCCCGCGCCGAUGCGUUGGAGAGCGAGAGCUACGAUUUCCGCCUCUGGGAAGUUUGCCGGGCGACGUGGGCGGAGCCAGGCCGUUUUGAGCCGAUAGAGAUGCUGUCGGUGGACCGCUCCACCGUUUGCAUAGGCGUCGACGGAGGCCUGGCAAUGAGCAAUCCCACCGCUGCGGCCAUAACCCACGUCCUCCACAACAAGCAGGAGUUCCCCUUCGUACGGGGAGUCGAGGAUCUCAUGGUCCUCUCCCUCGGCUGCGGCGCGGCCGCCGCAGCUUCUGUGCCUGAAGCUGCCGGUGGUCGCCUAGAGCAUCAGAAGCUACGGCAGUGGGGUGCGAAGGAGUGGGCGCGUCCAAUAGCUCGCAUAUCUUCCGACGGCGCGGCCGACCUCGUCGACCAUGCGGUUUCCUUGGCCUUCGGCCAGUGCCGGAACGCCAACUACAUGCGUAUUCAGGCAAAUAGUCCAAGCUCAGGGAGAUGUGAAGCUGAUGUCGACUGUGAUCCAAGCUCUGCAAAUGUGAAAGUUCUGCUAAACGUUGCAGAGGAGAUGCUGAAGCAGAAAAAUGUCGAAUCUGUUCUAUUUGGAGGAAGAAGAAUCAGCGAACAGACAAAUAUGGAGAAAUUGGAUUGGAUAGCAGGUGAGCUAGUGCUCGAGCACCAGAGGAGGAGCUGCCGUAUUGCUCCCACUGUCGCCUUCAAGCAAGCGUCUCCAAAGCUCAAAACUGGGAAUUUUCCCAAGUAAGCCUUCUCCCCCAUUAUCGUUCCUGUGUUACUUGCUGGAUCCUGCUGCUUUUUUUUCAUGGCAGGCUAUCACUCUCAUUCUUAAUGUUAUGAAAAGAAUAUGCUGUCAAAUAUUCGUGAUAAAAGUUGAUCUCUUUCGGACAAAGGAAAUCCAUUUCUGCUGUGAUUUCUUCUUCAUCUUUGUCUCCAUCAUCUAUGUAUUUAAUAGAGGCCCCAAUUCUGAAGGUCUUCCGAGGAUCUUUUUUUGUGUUUCUGUUCAUCUUUAUCUUUAUUUUUGUAAUUUUAUCAUUUCUGUUUUUCUUUGUAUGAAUUGUAAACAUCUUAGUGUAACUCUCUGAACUUUCCUCUUUUUUUGUAAUUGUUCUUUUCUUUCUGUAUAUUGAUCAAUCUUUAGACA